AUGGUAAUAUUUUUUUUGGGAUAUUUUUUAGUAUGCUUUAUAGGGAUAGAAAAUGAAACUAUAUUAGGUAAAUCUAUUAUUUCAUUUAAUAAUUUAAAUGAAAAAAAAAUUUUGAAAUAUUAUAGUUCUAAUUCAGACUCAUGCUAUUUCUGGUACUAUUUAAAAGAAGACUUUUUUGAAGUAUUAUAUUUAAAAAAUGAUAUAAAAAAAAAACAGAAAUCGAAAAAAAUUAAGAAAAAUAAAGGUAAAUGGAUUACUACUAAUAAUAUUUGUUCUAAUGAAAUAUUAAUUUUUUUGAAUAAACAUAAAACAUUUUGUAAAUCUAUAUCGUCAUAUAUUGUAGGAGUUAAUAAAAAAAAUGAACAAAAAAAGCGUAUUUUUGUAGAAUAUAUUGUGACUGAUCAUAUAUUUAUGACCAAUAAUUAUAUUUUUACUUAUGUUAACGAAAAGUACAAACAAAUUAUUUUUGUAAUUUCAGAUAAUAAAAAGAAGAUUUGUUCUAAAAGUAAUUUUUUUAAAGUUUAUUUUGAUAAACAAUAUAUAAAAUACGCUCAAGUAAAAUAUGUUAAAGGUGAAUAUGUAUUAUUAAUUGAUACAAAGGAAAAAGCAGGAAUAACAAAAUUAUUUAUAGUUUUACAUAAUAAAUGUAAAAAUAUAUUUUUUUUUGUGAUUAUUUUUAUUUAUGAACUUUUACUAUUACUUCCAGAUAAACUAGAAUUCCCAGAAGAAUCUACUGUUAAAUUAGUUUUGAAAAAAAGAGAUAAUGUAAUUGAUAAUAAUUGUCUAUAUAUUUUUCAUAAAAAUGGAUACAAUUUAAAAAAAAGUGUAGAUAUUAAAAAAAUUACAGAACAACAUUUAUUAAAAUAUAAUCAAAAAAACAUUAUAAAAAAAAAUAUAGAUCAUAUAAAUUUAAUGAAAUGCUUAGAGAUUAACUAUAUAACUAAUUUUAAAAGUAAGUAUAAGAUUGAACCAAAUAAAAAUUAUGAUAUUUUAUCGAAUGAAAUUAUAAAAAUUAAAAAAAAUAUAAAUGAAAGGACUUUAAAAAUAGUAGUUAAAAAUAUAGAAAGCAAGCAAGAUUUUUCAUCGAUUAUAUAUAUUUAUAAAGUAAAAGAAGUCAAUGUUAAUUGUUUCUACCCAAUUUACCAAAGUAAAUAUAAGGAUAAUUUUUUAUUGAGUGAAAAAAAUAAUUUUUAUGAAAAAAAUAUUAUUCAUGAAGAAAUAUAUAAAUUGAGAAAUCACUAUUAUUACAAAAAUAAUUAUUAUUUUGAUAAUUAUUAUAUUAAAAAUUAUUUUAUAAAUAACAUAAAAGGAAAACAUAAUAUAAAUCUUAUAUUAGGGAGAAGAUAUCUGUGUGUUACGCAACUAUAUAAUGAAUACAACAGAAAAUUGUAUAAUAUAAAUAAUAAUAAAAAUAAUAAAUAUAAAUGGAAUUUAUCUUUAAAUAAAAAUAAUUUCAAUAUAUUUACAUUAUAUAAAGAUAAUGAAAACUUAGUAAAUUACUAUAUAACUAUAUAUAAGGGAAUAAAUUCAUUUUAUUUUUUUUAUAAUGGUUAUAAAAAAAUACAUAAAGAAAUUAUAAUAUCAAAUACAUUAAUAUGUUAUAUUAAGGGUUAUUUUAUAAUGACUACUCUUUUUAUUGUGCCUGAUGAAAAAAUUUAUUACAUAUGUCAAGGAGGAUAUAAAAAUAAAUAUGUAGUAAAAAUAAUAAAAAAAUAUAAUUUUUUAAAUAUAGUUGUUAAUGAAAAUAGCAUUGAAAUAAAAAAAAAAAAAUUACAUAUUAAUAAUAAUAAAAAAGAUCAUAUAAACAAUAAAAAUAAACUUAACUAUAUUAUCUUGUCAUUUUGCGAUGAAUAUGAUUUUAAUAAUUGUUUUAUUUCAAAAAUAUAUAUUCUUGAAAAAAUUAGUGAUUACUCUAUUAUUGUAGAAAAAAAUUUCAUUGAAACAAAUGAAGUUACUAACAUAUAUAUAUUUAUGAAUUAUAACAUUAAGAAUUUAGACUUCUCAAACAAGUUAGCUUUUAUAAAAAAAAAAAAAAAAAGUUAUUUAAGUAAUUGUAUUAUGAGAAAGGAAAAAAUUUUUUUUUUAGAGAGAAUAAAAUGUUUCCCUAAAAAUUUCUUCUUAUUUCCUUUUUUUCUUUAUAAUACAAGUAGAAAAAAAAGGAAAUUAGUUAAAAUUACAAAAAAGGAAUAUCUCAAAACAAAAGAAGAUAUUAAUAAUACAUCAAUAAAAUUGAAUAUAUGUUUUCAUAAAAUAAAUAAUGAUUUUUUAAUAAAUUAUGAUAAAGACUCUAUUGAGAUAAAAUUCUUUCAUAAUUUCCCAAAUUUACAAAAAAAAUAUAAAGAUGCAUGUGCAUUCAUUCAAAUAAAAGGAAAAAGAGAAAGUAGUGCAUUAAUUCAGAUGAAAUAUAUAAAAAAUAAAAAACUAUCAAAAAGUAUAAUCGUACAAAUAUAUAAAAAAGUCAAAAUUCUUUUCUGUCAAGAUUUUGUAUGCAGUAAAUUUAUAAAAUUUAAUCAAAUGAGUAAUUUAUUAUUAUAUGAUGGUUUUAACGGAGUCCCAUAUAAAAUAAAUAUUUUUACAGAAACGAACACGAAGGAAUUAUUUAUAAUAGAAAAUAAAUUUUUAAAUGAAAACUAUAGUGGCAACAUUACUUUAUUUAAAAAUUUAUUUAUAGCAGAAAAUUUUUUUACUAUUUUUGAACAUUUCUCACAGAAAGUUAUAUACAAAAAUAUAUUUAAUAAUGACGUUUUUUAUGAAAAUAUUACACAUUACCCUGUGAAGUUGUAUAAUAGAAAAUUAUAUGAAUAUGAAUUUACCUAUGAUUACUUAUUAUUAAAUGAGAAACAUAAGAAAAAAAAAAAAAGUGAUAUAAAUAAAAUAAAACUGAGUAAUUACUACAAUUAUAACAAUAUAUAUAAAAAUUAUAGAGAUGAAAUAAAUUAUUAUGACAUAUAUUUCCAUAUAAAAAAACACUAUAUUAUUUAUUGCAUUCCUAAUAAAAACAAACACAUAAAAUCAAAUAUAAUUGUAGAAAUGAUAAAUAUUAAUAAACCUGAAAUUUAUUCAAAAAACUAUUUUUCAAUUCACUUUAAAUAUCCUUCCUCUAUGCACAUAACAAUUUUUGACAAAAAUGUGAAAAAUUUGAAUGUUUUAAAUGAAUCAUAUAUAUCAUUAUAUAAAAAUAAUGAUUAUUAUUUCAAAGCAUUUUUGAUAGAUGAAAAUGAAAAUGUUAUACUAACAAAUGAAACUUUUCAAUAUACAUUGGAACCAUAUUUAUUAGACUUGCAUAAGAAAUGUUUUAAAAAUAAGUCAAAUUAUUUAGAAAUUGAACAAAUAAAGAGAAAAAAUAUAAUAAAUACAAAUAAUAAAAUUUUAUUAAAUUAUAAUAACAAAAAUGAGAAUUAUAUUCAACAUAAUAAGAACUAUUUUAACGAUUUAGACAAUUUUAAGAAUUCCACUAACAGUAUGUUUUUAUUAUCUAUUAAGUAUAAUUAUAAAAAUGAUAAUCAUUUUGAUUAUUUUGAGAAAUAUUUAUUUUUGAACUUUUAUGAUAAAAUAUAUACUAAUUAUGAUAAUUUAAUUUUAUUUUAUUCUAAGUACAUUUAUUAUAAAAUUUUUAUAUGUAACAUUUCCUCAAAAAACUUAUAUUAUUCAUUCAAAGGAGAUAAGAAAAUACAAAUUUAUAACAACUAUAUUGAUGAAGAAAAAUUAUGUUAUAACAAAAAAAAAUUUUGUAAUAUUGUUAAUUUAAAUUAUGAUAAUCAUUUAAAAAAAUGUACUCCAAUAUACGUAUCUUCAAAAUAUUUGGUAGAUGGAACUUUAACCAUAAAAAAUAAAAUGAUUUAUGAGACAGAUCAUUUAGAUAUUAAGUUAAUAUUUAGCAAAAUAUCUAAUGUAAAAAUAUCUAUGUUAUCUAAAGAUGCUGAAAUCAAUCAAUUAGUUCCUUUAAGAAUUGAAUUUUUUAAUGAAUAUAAUAAGAAAUUUCAGUAUAUUCAUAUAAAAGAUUUAAAAAUAAAAUUAUUUUGUGACUAUAAUAAAAUUCAUAUAAAUUACAUAGAUUUUCAUUUGAAGGAAAAUUAUAAAAUUCUGAAUGAAAUAAAAAAUAAAUUUCAAAUUAGUGAUGUACUGUCGGAUUUGUUUUAUUAUUUGUAUUGCUAUAUUCCAAAUAAGUAUUAUAUACAAAUUGAAGUAAUAUAUAAAUUACAUAAUAAAUAUAUAUCUAUUUUAUCAAAUACAUUAGAAUUAGUUAUAUAUUCUAGGGGAGUCCUAUUUAAUGAAAGAAGUAUACUUUUAUAUCCUUUUAAUCAAACCACAGAAUUAUCAUUUCGUUUUGAUCAUCCCCUUAUAUCAAAAGUUUUAUGUCUUUCAAAAAAUGAUUCUGUUGUAAAAGUUCAAAAAGUUUUAAAAAUUGAUGAAAGAAAUAAAUAUAUAUGCUUAAUAAAAACAGAAAAUAUAGGAAAAAGCGAAAUUCAUAUAUAUCCUAUAUUUGAAAGUUAUUACGAUAUAUUUCCUAGAAGAAAUUCUAUUCCUCUUGAAAAAUUUGAUUUAGAUUUUUAUGAGAUAGAAAAAUAUUAUCUUAACUAUUAUAAAUACAAAACGAAAAAUUAUAAUUAUAUAGAAGAAAAAGAAAUAAGAAAUCUUUACUUUUUUAAAAUUGAUGUAACUACUGAUUAUGUAAAUACAAUAAAACUUUUUCAUAAUGACACUAUAUAUUUACCAUUAAAACAAGAAUUAAAUAUUUAUCCUAAAUUUUAUAAUGACUUAAAAAAUAAAUUUGCAUUUAUUGAUUUCAGUACUUUAAAUAAUAAUAAUAAUAAUAAUUGUAAUUCAUAUAAAUUAGAAUAUUUUGCCAAUAAUAAAAAUAUUAUGUUAAAUAAUAAAAUAGAGAAUACAGAAAAUAAUAUUUUAAAAGAAAUUAAUUCUCUUAAAAAAAAAGAAUGUAAAAAUUUACUUUAUAUAAAGUAUGAAAAUACUGAAAAAAAAAGAAUAAAAAAAAAAAAAACAAUAACAAAACAUUUAAUAUCAUCCUCAGAUAGUUUUUUAUCUAUUAAAGGGAAUAAGGAAGGGAAUUAUUUAUUAUACGUAAAUUUCAUUUGUGAUAAUAACAUAAUAAAUUCUCAAGUAUAUAAUAUUUAUGUUAAAAAUAAUUUUAAAAAUAACAACAUAACUGUGAUAUACUUAAGUACAAAUGGACUAUAUAAAUUUCAUCAAAAUUUUCGUUAUUUAAAUAUAUAUAGUAAGAAAUAUCCAUUAUCAACCAUAAAAAAAAUUUAUACAGAAGAAAAAGAAAAUGAACAUUUAAUAUAUUUUAGUGAUAAACAAAAAAAAAUAAAUAAGAAAAUAAAAAUUCAUAUAUCUGAUAUUAUUGGUGCAAAAAUAAAUAAUUAUUAUUCAAAAUAUAUUCCACUUAAUGUUAUACAGUAUUUUCAUAUUGAUUUAUAUAACAGAAAUAUUGAAAGUGUUUUGUUUCCUUUGAAUGCAAAAUUAUUUUUGAAUAUAUCUCAUAGUAGCAUAUUAUCAGCUAAAAUUAUUAACAAAAAUCAUAUUUUUAUAAUACCUCACAAAAUAGGUUGCUCGUUCAUUAAUAUACAUUUUAAAUUAUAUAACAAUUACAAGGAAAAUGAAAACUUUUUCUCUAAAAAAUACAAAGAUAUUGAAAUAGGGAAUAUUUAUCUGUGCGUUAAAAAAUCUAUUAAGCAAAAAUAUUUUUAUAAAAAAAAAAAUUUUUAUUUUGUCAGGAGAUUUUAUCAACUUUUACAUGGUUAUAAUGAACAAUUUUUUUUUCAACCGCAUAUUUGUUUAAAUUCUGUUAUUAAGAAUAAAAACAAUUAUAACAUGUUAAGUACUUCAAAUUUUUAUCACUUUUUUAAAAAUGAAAAGAAAAAUUUUAUUAAUAAUAUAGAAGACCUUUUUCCUCCAUCCAAAAAAUACUAUUCUAUUAUUAAUCAUUACUGUACCUAUAUAAAAUUAUAA